AUGUCCGCUGGGGAAAGAGCCUUCUGUAUCCAAGAGACCGGCCUCCGCGCUGCAUAUGAAGCCUUAAAGGUGGGCAAGACACUCACAUUUGAGCACUUGAGCUUCCAGCUGGCCCGAAUCGCAGUCCACAAGGGCCAACACCACAAGGUGAAGAAGAAGAAUCACAAGCGGUUUCAAGUCGUGUGUUGCAAGCGUGGAUGCGAAUACAGAGUGUACACGGUGAUCCAAUCCGACGCCACCCCUUGCCUAUAUCGAGUGACACAGGUUCAAAAGCACACAUGUGCCGUGACCGAGAAGACUGUCAAGCCGAAGGUGCUUGCAGCAUACGACGCCAGCAUCAUGGGCACGGCGAAGGUAAAGGUUGCGGCUGUCAAGAAAAGAUACGGCAUCAGCGUCACGGUGCGGCAGAUGCAGUUGUACGCCAGUCACCUGAACAGGAUGGCACUUCCAACACCACAAAAAGUAGCGGAUAUGGCGGACACUGGACGGCGGAGCAGCGCUGCUGAGGCUGGCAAUGAUGACGCUUCUGACGCUUGCCAUAGCAGCGGACCCGCACCAGCACAAGCACAAGAACAGGCCGACGAAGAGCUGGCGCACUUCCGUCGAGUGCAACAGGCCUUCUCGUUCUAUGAGGACCAUGCCAUGGCGAGGCUGUCGCGUGCGCUGACGGCCUUCCACCGACUUCCGCAGCACCACCAAGACAUGCUGCCCAAAUUCUCUUCAGACAUGCGGCGCCUGCGAGAAGCCAUCGCGCACAAUGCUGCAUUUGUCGCUCAAAUCACCAGCGGUCUGGACUUUCUCGAAAUGGCUGAUGCCGACACGGAUUUACAAGAUGAGGUGCCGACAGAGUUUUUUAUGGAUAAGGUGUGCACGACCAUCAAGCAGUUUUACCGGGACUGGUCUGCAGAGGGACAAGCAGAGCGGCAGCAGUGCUAUGGACGCAUAUUGGAGGCCGUGGACCGACUGUUUGCGGAGCGAGAUCGGCACGACGUCGCUAUCCUCACACCAGGUGCCGGGCUUGGAAGGCUGACGUGGGAGUUUGCAAAGCGCGGUUACAGAAGCCAAGGCAACGAGUGGAGCGCAUUCAUGCUUUUUGCCUCCAACUUUAUCCUCAACAGUCCAAAUCCGCCGAAAUCCAUCACCAUCCACCCGUUUGCACACCUGUUCAGCAACGUUACGUCACGCGACGCACAGGUACGUGCGAUUGAAAUUCCAGAUGUGGACACGCGGGAAUUACCUGCAGGCACAAACUUCUCCAUGGCGGCUGGCGAUUUCUUCGAAGUGUACGACGAAGCAAAUACGUGGGAUUGUGUGGCAAGCGCCUUCACUCUCGACACAGCACGCAAUCCAAUCGCCUUCCUUGAGCGCGUGUUCUCCAUCCUGAAACCAGGCGGAUUCCUCGUCAACCUUGGGCCACUGCUGUAUCACUACGAGGACAGCCGUGACGGCGUGUCCUUGGAACUUCCGCUGGACGACGUGCUUGCAGCCGCGGUUCAGAUUGGGUUCAUCAUCGCGGAGGAGGAGCGGCGGGUGAAGGCGACGUACAACGACGACAGCGAAGCCAUGAUGCACACGGUGUUUGAUUGUUCAUUUUUCAUCGCACAGAAACCACCCAGCGUCUCAACACAGCACUCAGCGUGACCCAAGAGACCCAUACAUCUUACCCAGACACUGUCGAGCAUAAUGGUACCGUCGUGAUCUGUUUUACUGCCUUGUGUACACGCGCUGA